CAGGCUUGAGUCCACACCUUCUGCUCGGAGAUCUGUCAUAUGACUUCUAUUUCCUGGUACUGUCGGCGUCAUCCCAAACACCGCUGACUGAGCGUCCCUGUCGGUUUCUUCAGCUUUUCUCCGGUGGACACUUUAAAAUCCUGGGCGAUCAUGUAUCGAUAUGCUACUUUUGUUGUAUUCCUCACCCUUGGAAUUGCGUUCCAGGUGUCGCAUGGCACUGAGGUGAAUGUCACAGACAAAGACAACCAGUUAUGCCUCUUUGCCAAUCUCAUGGUCAACUUCUCAGUCUCUUAUGAAGUAGCUGAAAAUAAGAGCACAACAGUCGAGUUUGAACUUCCUGCUAAAGUCACAACAGAUGAAAGUACAUGUGAUGUCCCAAGCUCAGUGUUGAAGCUUCAUUUUGGGGAAGGUCAUUCCUGGAGUGUGAACUUCACCAUCAAUGGAAAAAUGUACCAGGCAGACACCAUCAUCUUUUCCUACAACCUUAGUGACACAACCUUAUUCCCUAAUUCUGUAUCAAACGAAACCAAAACUGUUGCUGUGAAGCAUCACAUAACAGAUAUAGGCCUGGACACCUGCUACUCCUGCAAGAGUAAAGACGUGAUUGAAGCUGGUGUGGUCAAUCAGACGCUGUGGAACGUGCUCCUACAAGCUUUUGUCAGUAACAGCAUAAGUGAAAACGUUACUUCUUGUGCUGCUGAUACACCCACAACGCCUGUUGCCCCCACCACUCAUUCCACCAGUACUACCACUGCAGCUCCGGUCACAAACUCCACUUCCACUGCCCCUCCUCCCACAACCACUCCGACCCCUACCCUCCCCACACCCACCACUGGGAAGUACCGCAUCAAGCGUGAUGAAAACAGCACAGCCUGUCUGAUAGCCAACAUUGGCCUGCGGAUUGGUUUCAAGCAAGAAGAGAUGAACAUUGACCCUAACGGGACCAAAGUCUCUGGAUCAUGUGGAGUUGACAGCAGUGAGCUGAUACUGACGUCCAACACAAUGACCAUCAUGCUCACUUUCACCAAUGACACAAAGAAAUUCCGCCUGCAUGCUCUGAAUGUCACCGGAAAGACGAGCUCUGGUGUGUUGUUUUCUGAAGCAAACAGCAACCUGAGUCUGUGGGAGGCAGCUGUCGGUACCUCUUACAUGUGUAACAAGGAGCAGAACUACACCAUCACCAGCCCCCUCACCCUCUACACCUUUGACCUUCAAGUUCAGCCAUUUGGAGUCAAGAAUGGUGCUUUCAGCACAGCUGAGGAUUGCCAGGCUGAUGCGGAGAGCUUCCUUGUUCCCAUAUCUGUCGGAGUUGCCCUGCUUGUUCUCAUUCUUAUUGUUCUGCUGGCCUAUUUCAUCGGGAGAAGGAGAAACAUGGCCACCAGCUACGAGUCUUUAUAGUUAAACUUUCCUCAUGUAGAUCUAAUCUCUUCAAAGGAUAGUCAGGGAAUCGCUGCCUUUGACUAAUUGUGGAAAAAUUUGUAUUGAUUUUUUCCAUGUAGUGUUUAGUGCUGUUGACUUCCUAACUGUGUUCGGAAAGGAAUUGAUUGAUGUUUUGGGAAAUGUGCAAAAGUUAGAUCAGUACAUUAAUAACACUCAUGUCUAAUUGAUAAAUAUAAAGCCGCAGCUGGUUAGCUUAGGUUAGCACAAAGACUGAAAAUGGGGUAAAAGGCUUGGCUAGCAUAACUCAACUCUAAAGCUUGCAACAUGUUAUGACUCUUGUUUCAUCCAUUCAAAAUCAGUGUAAAAAAUCAAAAUCACCCCCACUGCUUCCAAAAUGGCUCCCUAAUUAUUCCUAUGAAAGUUACCCCUUGGCUGCAUAUGCCAAAAAAAAACUUAAAUUGCCAUUAAAUAAUUUGAUGAAACGGCUCUUUGAGACUUUUCAAAUGUUAUUGGACUGAAUGGAUCAAAGUCUGAUUACAUAAAGAAUACUUUGGGGGUGUUUGUGACACUUCAGAUGAAUGUAUUGAACUGAAAGCGUGGUAUUGAUUUGACUUUCCGCAUGAGAGCAUUAGCGUAUUUCCCAAAAUGUCGGCCUGUUCCUUUCAAGUUUUCUUGCUGAUCCUGCCUAAUUUUAAUGUUCAUAGGGACUAACAAGUAAUAACCACUUGAGUAAUUUCUUUUUUAUGUCUUUAAAAUAUUUAAUAACCCUUUAAUCUAAUCUCUAAACUUUGUGUACUGCCUGAUCUUAUUUCCUGCUGCUCUACUUGUUUUUUCCUCUAACGCUUUGUGGACUGAAAAUAUCUUACAUUCUGCUCUGAGUAAUGUUUUCUACUGACUAAAACCACUAACGUGUUUUCUGUCUGUCUGUCUCUGUCUUUCCAUCUGUCUGUCAGCUGAGGAAUGCUUCCUGGACUCUGAUUUGAGCUUUUUGGUGCCCAUUGCAGUGGGCGUGGCUCUCAGCUUCCUAAUCAUCCUUGUCCUUAUCUCUUACCUGAUUGGCCGGAGGAAGAGUCGUACUGGCUACCAGUCUGUAUAAUCCAACCCAGCUGCUUCUGCCUCUUGCACCCUUUCAACCCUUGCAGCUCUUAAAAACACUCCCUGCCCGUGAGUGCAUCAGAAGCAUCCCAAAAUUCCCGCUCAUUUCUGUUUGCCUAAAAAUAACCUUUGGCUUAUUUCUCGUACACAGUUUAAAAUUGAUCCCAGCAACCACCCCCAAAGGUUCUCAUUGUUUUUGCUUUGAUGCCAAUGACUAAACCAAUUACCAAAACAUUUAUGAUCAUUAUUGCGUUGUUUGAUUGUAGAUUGCAUGUUUUGAAUAAAUUAAAUUUUAUGGCUGUGAUUAGCCGUCCACCCCCUCCCCCAGAGAGACCUCGCUCCUGCCGCCACAGAGAGACUUUUUCCCCCUCUCGGUUUCUGUGCUGUAUAAUAGCGUAUGUGUAAAUUACUCUCUUGUAUAGAAUGAAUGACAUUAAUUUUUGAUGAUGUGAAUGUAAAGAGCAAGCUCCACUGUUGUCAUUCACAUCCCAAACGCCAAUGUUUUCACAUUCUUUUAACCUUUUUAUGUAACAUAAAAUGAAACACUACCUGCUGCACAUAGUCAUUUGAUGAAAGGGACACUAACUAAGACACUUUACCAGAAUUGGGACCAGUUUAUUUUUGUUAUUCGGGAGAUGUGUAAAUUUUUAAGUUUUCGUCACUCAUGUUAGGAUGAUUUACUUUCUUUUAAUAUACACUUCUUCAAGAUUUACAGUUGUGCAUUUGGGGAAUUAAUUAUAGUGUUCUUCCGUUAUAAUCCUAUAUUAAUUCAAAACUUUAACAAACGACUAUUUUGGUAUUACAUUGGUCACAGGGAUAAAACUACGGUGGAUGUACAUUAUGUUCCCUCCAUGAGAUAGACAGUAAUAUUAACAGCAUGCGCAGUAAGAAGAUCAUGAGUAAUAUUAAAGACGCACCAUUUCAUUUAGACAACCCUCAGUUUUAAUCACUCCCCUCAGACAGUUUUGUGCCUUUCAGUUGUGCACCUCUGAGUUGCUAAAUCAAAGCUUGUCUCCAUCUGAUGAAGAAUGUGAUAGGAUGAGCUUGUUUAACACAAGUGGGGAACAAAUUAAAUAAAGUUUAGUUCUUGUUAUGUA